CUCAAAAAUUUUCAAAAAAAAAUCAAAAUCUUAAUCAUCUAAAAUGUUUAGACGAAGUAUUUUGCCUAUGGCUAAAAAUUUCAUUAAUUUAGACUACAGACUCAUAACUCUCGAUCGCUAUAAGGAUGUAAUGUUUCAUUUAAGGGAUAUGUGUGCACAAACCGAUCCAUUAAAUAAAACAAUUUGCGAGUGCAUACGUAAGGGAGGCGAUGAAUUUGUAGAAUAUUUUACAUAUAAAACGCUCAACGAUGAACUAAGCCUAAUGGCCCUUAACAGCCAAGGGAAUAUUGUUGGCAUUGUUCUCAAUGGUGUUGCAAAUCCCGAGUACCUACAGGAUUUAAAAAAUUGCUUAACUAAAAUAAAAGAUUCGCAUUUGCAAAGUAUACUCCAAUUGCAAUUGGAAGAGAAUAUGAAGAACAAUAUCUUUGAUCUUUGUAAAACCAGAAAAGUAUUCGAGACACGCCUACUUUCGGUUGAUAGCAGAAAUUAUAAUGGACGCAUCAUGGGUAAACAAUUGAUUCGUCUAAGUGAAAUAGUAGCUGGCAAUAAGGACCAUAAGGUUAUGAAAGCCGAUGCAACUGGUAAUUUUUCUCAAAAGAUAUUUUCAUACUGUGGUUUCAAGUGUUUGAACGAGGUCCCUUAUAACAACUAUUCAAAAAAGGAUGACAACUCAAUAAAGUUGCGGAAUUUACCACAUUCCAAAUAUCAAUUACUAUACAAACUAUUACGUUAAAGAUUACAUUUUCAAGGCUGUGUUUAAGUUAUAUGCAUGGCAAAACAAGCGGUUCGUAGUUAUCAGUUUGCACUGCCAAACUAUCUAGUACAUCUGACUUGCACUGAAUAGAAGAAAAAUAAAACAUGACCAUUGUAAAGUUUUUGGAAAUAAUAAAUAACGUUAAAUUUACUUACUUGAA